AUACCACAAACAGUAACAAUCGAUGAAUUGCCCGCUGAAGGUUUGGUGCCUGAUUCGAACUACAAAGUUUACGUCCGGGGUGAGACACUUGGCUCAAAAAUUUUGUUCGAAGAUGAGGCUCAAGUGCGCUACGAUGAUAAAUCGCUAUCGAUAUUUGUCAGGACCGAUAAAGCUAUCUAUAAACCUGGAUCAAUCGUACAUUAUGAAGUGAUAGUAGUGAAUCCUCAUUUGAAGCCGUAUUUGGAGACGGUUUCGGUGAAAAUACGCGAUCCAAAUCAAAAUAUCAUCAAUCAGCACAGUGAUCAGCCACUAACAAAAGGUGUUUACUCAAAUGAUCUGGAGCUAUCGGUUGAGCCACCACUUGGUGACUGGCAAAUUGUGGUGGAGACAAAAAGCGGCAUCAAAUUCGAGAAGACAUUCACCGUUGACAAAUAUGUCUUGCCAAAAUUUGAAGUGAACGUAAAAACGCCAAGUUUCAUUACGGUGAAUGACGAUCUGAGUGUACAUGUUGAAGCUAAGUACACAUAUGGAAAAGGAGUAUCCGGAAAAGCGAAAGUAAUCCUUGAGCUACCAUGGCACCGAUUUGCGCUAUCGCGGCCUGUAAUUGUUGCCGAAGAUGGCACCGUACAAGAGGUUUGA